CGUAACAAAAGGGGACACCGAUUCAAUCAUCAAUUCAAUCGUCAAUCAUCUUAGACCUGUUCUAUACUCCAGCAUGAAGCUUUCUAUCUUGACCAGCCCUCUUCUGGCUGCACUGGUAUCAGCCGCAGCCAACCAACCAAACACCUACCCAACCCUACAACUAAGUACCGACACCGCGUUCAACUUCGAAUUCCUCACUGCCCUGCGCAACUCCCUCACCGGCGGUUCAGACAUAGGCCCAGUCCUCGGCGUCGCCCAGGCCAUCGAACCCGGCAACAUGACCUCCUACGCUGACGAGUUCCUCAAACUCGCAAAGCACACCAAAGCCCAGGCUCAAGACCCGGAGAACGCAUACGACCCAGCCAAUGUCCGAGACACCUGGUUCUCGGCCUCGCACUACUUCCGCCGCGCAGACGUCUACCUCCACCGCAACUGGUCCAGCCCUCUCCUCGCCUCCGUCUGGGCCGAGCAGACCGCCGCAUUCGACAAGGCCAUUGCGUCUCUGCCUAUCCCCGGCCAGCGUAUCCGCAUCCCUGCAACAGAGGCAAACUUCACCGUCGAAGCUAUCUGGUACGCCGCCGCUGCCCCUGAAAGCAAGAGCCGGAAACUACCUACCCUAGUCAUCGCCAAUGGUUUCGAUGCCGCGCAGGAAGACUCGUACCACUACUUCGUUGCGGCGGCUCUCGCGCGCGGCUGGAACUGUAUCACAUACGAAGGUCCGGGCCAGCCUACCGUCCGUCGGAACCAGAAUAUCGGGUUCAUCCCGGAGUGGGAGCGAGUCACGACGCCUGUCGUGGACUACAUCUUGUCUGAAAAGGCCGAUCUAGUAGAUGAAGACCGAGUGGUACUUAUCGGGAACUCACUUGGUGGAUACUUUGCAGCCCGGGCAGCGGCAUUUGAGAAACGGCUUGCGGCGACGGUUCUGAUCGGUGGUGUUUGGGAUACGUACGCGGCGUUCACGAAGCAGCUGGAGCCGGAGAUUCUGGCGGUUUAUGAGGCGGGGAAUUACUCUGACUUUGAUGAGACGGUGCUUUCAUUGCGGGAUGCUGGAGAGCUUUCUACGGAUGCGACUUGGGGGCUUGACCAGGGGCUGUGGGCGUUUAAGACGCAUUCGCCGAGUGAGUUUUUCAGUCGGAGUAAGAAGUUCAAUCUGGAGGGGGUGGCGGAGAAGAUUGAUAUGCCGGUGUUUGUGGGGGAUGCGGAGUUUGAUGCGCUCUACGAGGGCCAGCCGCAGAAGGUCAAGGAUGCGAUUGGGGACAAGGCGACGCUGCAUCGGUUUGAGGGCGUUGCUGGGUAUCAUUGCCAGACUGGGGCUGACCAAGAGUUGUCGAGGACUGUUUUUGCGUGGUUGAACAAGACUCUUGGUGGUGCUUGAUGUAGUUGAUGCAGUGGUAUAGCCAAGACUUUCGGUGUCGUUAAGUGAAGGAUGUUUGUAUUAAUUACCUGGAAUGCACUUUAUUUUCUGAAACAUGACAGCAUCUGUACAAUCGUGUUAUCUAAUAUGAUGGAUUGAAUUGGAGUCGGGCUCCGAAACGGGAA